AUGGACCAACUAAUAGAGGUCGUACCCAAGGUGGAUAUUCUGUUAAACCAACUAACGGGUCAUAAAUUGUUGAAUAAUAUCGAGAUAAUUAAAAAGCUAGGAUCAGGACAAUAUGGUAAAGUGAUACUUGGUAAAGAUUUGGUGGGGAAUAGGUUUGUGGCCAUCAAGGAAUUAUCAAGGUAUUCUAAAUACAAGCUUUUGAAGAAAAAAAAUAAGGUCAAUAGAAAUAAUGAGAAAAUCGAUGAUAAUGACGAUGAUUUCCCAGAAAGAAUUCGCCAGGAAGUGAAUUCUAUGAAAAAAUGUCAGAAUCUCAGUCCUAAUAUCAUCAAAUUGUACUCAGUUUUCAAUGAUGUGAGGUAUAGCAAUGUUUUUUUGGUAUUGGAGUACUGUUAUCAAGGUGAGAUCAAAUGGAUGUCAAAUUCGGUAGAGAGUGAUAACACUUGUAAAACAUUGGACGAUCUAAUUAGAAUACUCAAAGAAAUUAUCAAUGGUUUGGAAUUCUUGAAAAUCCAUUGCAUUAUUCAUCGAGAUAUUAAACCUUCAAAUUUACUCAUCGAUCAUAAGGGAAAUGUUAAAAUUAGCGAUUUCGGAAGCAGUUAUAUUGUUGAUGAGAAUAUUCCAAUUUCUGAACAACAGGGGAAGUUGAACCAAACUGUCGGAACUCCAAUGUUCUUGGCCCCAGAGUUAUGUAACACAAGGAAGUUCCAAGAUGAUGUCUCGGUGAAUAGCUCUACUGAUCUGAUCAACGAUUCGAUUGUUUAUAACAAUUCGAUUAUACAGAAAGAACGCGAAGCACAAGAAGAAGAGGAUUAUGAACCGAUAAUCCUUGAUUACAAAUUGGAUAUAUGGUCUUUUGGUGUCACUAUUUAUUGCUUACUAUUUAAUUGCUUGCCUAUCACUGCUGAUCAUGAAUACGAAGUUUACUCUAAAAUUACUCAUGAUACGAUUGAAUAUCCAGAAACAAGUUUAUUAUUGAACGAUGCUAACUCUGACCAACAAAAAAAAUAUAAAGACAAUUUGAAUUUUUCAAGAAUGGUGAAUUUCCUUCAGCAUCAUGCGUUGAUCAAGAAUCCAAACAAGCGGGCAUCUGUUGAAUCAUUGAAGCUUCAUGAUAUUUUCGACGCUUCAAAUUUUAAUAAUGAGAUUGAAAGACACGAAUUCUUGGCGUUCAAUGAUCAAAUGUAUGAAUCAAAGACUUUCCAAAGACAAGACUCACUGAAAUCUAAAAGAUCACUCAAUAAAUCUGACUCAUCAUCAACCGGUUUGGCUAAUUCGAGAUUCAAUUCUUUAAAGACUAUCAACUCAAUGACUUCUAAAAACUCAACGACGCUAUCUUCCAUCACUAGCAAGACCAUUUCUAUUCAAAGUAAACAGUCUGAUACAACAACUCACAUGGAUACAAGUAAUACUAGCAGUAAUAUCAUUGGUAAAGAUCAACAGUACUCAAAUCCCAGAAUGAUUAACAGUACGAGCAGUAAUAGCAUAGGUCAAUUAUCUAACAAUUCACACAAUACUAAUGGCUCGAGGAAAAAUUUCGGAAAGCUUCGAAAGACGUUUUCAAAAUUAAAGUUGUUGAAAAGCAAUUCGGGAUCAACUGCUGAUAAUCAGAGUGUCAGUGGGAGUAAACCAAGCUCGAGAAUCCCUUCGUCGGGGACCGACAAAAAUAGUCUUAGAAUGCCAAAUUCUACCUCCAAGAAAUCAAUAAAUUCCAUUUCAAGUAUUGGCAGCGCUAGCAAGAAUAAUAAUAUUAUCAACAGUAACGAGAUCAAUAAUCGGAAUACAAAGACCCCUAAGAAUGAUAAGAACUUUCAAGAAUAUGAAAAACCUAGUUUCUCAAAGUUAUUGAGAAAAAAAUCAUCUCAAUUAUUGCUUGGUAAGCCAAAACUGCCAUUCAGACAAAAUAACCAAAGCACAGAAGAAUUAAACUCGCCAAUCCGGUUCAAGUAUUCAAAGAAAAUGGGCAGCAGCAAAUUAAACAAUUCAUCAAGUCCUUUAAAUGGUAACUUUCUGAGGACAACAUCCAAGGACUCCAGUGCCUUAGUUAAAGAUUUGACCAAAGAAAUCUCAACUGUGAAGUUGGUGGAUGCUGACGAGAAACUAAUGACUCCAGAAGAAUACAAAAAGUUUCAGAACAACAGUGAAAAACGGACCCCAUUGAAUCUCAGCGCCAGCAAGAAGAACUUGAUAAAUGAGCUUAAAAGCGUUGAUGCCAGUAGCACUGUACAAAAAAAGCUUGAUUUUGAUAGUCCUGGAAAUGUGGUUCAGAUUGAUCAGACCAUGGAUAUGAUGAAUGAUCCUAUUGAUUUUGAAAAGUUUCAGCGUAUUAGUAACAACAUUAAUGAUCGUGAAUCCGUAUCGGAUUUUAGUUUGAAUUCAUUUGAUGUUCAAAGCAGAAAUAACCAAAGCAUUAUCACUUCCAAUUCAGGUGGCGGAAAGCUUCAUAAUUUCUUCAACAAGUUGACUUCUACCAAAUAUGAUGAUUCCAAAUCUUCCUUUGACUCACAUAGCAACAAUACCGACAAAUUUGAAGACUAUACUUCUAAUGAUGAAGCUAAUAAUAAUAAUACAACUAACAGUGGUGAUCUUGACGGGAACGAAAGUACUGAAAACAUUACAAAUCAUGGUUACGGCAAGCUUGUACCCUCAGCUAAGACUUAUAAUCUCAAUCAGUAUGUGUAUAAAAAUGACCUACUUGAUGAUUUUGAUGAUGAAGGGGAUGAGGAGGGGGAGGACUUCAAUGAUAAUGAUAAUUUUAAUGAUGAUGAAAAAGAUUAUGAAAAUAACGAAUACAAACAACGACUACCUGCCAAUUUCAAUGAUUUUUUGAAAUUCAAUAAACAUCUAGCUAGUGAACAGUCCUUGGCACACGGAUCCAACCAUAAAAAUGACAGCAUUUUAGAUAGUGAUGGAGAUGAAGAUUCUCUUGAAUACGGGGGUCAGAUAACCGAAGAAUUCGAGUUUGUUGAUGAUGGUGAAUGUGGAGAUGAGAUUGUAUCACAGUCUAGUAUUGCCCCUUUGAAGUAUGCCAAUGACGCAAAUCCAAAAGUUUCUUCAUUGAACAAGAGUCCCUAUAAUACCAGUAUGGAUGAUUAUUUGAAGAGCCUAGAGAAAUCAUGA